AUGGACCAACGAAAUCAGCCCAACGAGCAUCUGCAAAGUCAUCUGACUAUGCGAACCGCUGAAUUUAUUGCCAUCCUCACCCGGCUGGAAAACCUAGAAGCAGAAAAUGUUUCACUCGAGGCUCGAUUAGCUAAUUUGGAGGCCAGCCAUGAUCAGCAGACCCCAGACGAUGGGGAGGUCAAAUUUGUCUCAGCCCGGCCCGCGACACCCCAUGAAUGUGCCAGUAAAGCAGACAACCGCCAACAGCAGAUCAAGAACUCAGAUGGACCAGGUAUGGUAGACGCCGGCAAACACUUGAAAUUCAUACAUACGCUUGACUUCAUCUCCGACAAAGUCAAACUUCUUCCAACCUGGGCACUGUACAACAAAGAAAUCCCACUUUUUGUAGAUAUCGACCUAGAUGAGAAGCACCAGGCAACAGCCACCUACACGUACGUUGUUACCGUUGGGGAGAACAUUGCGCAUCUAGGCACAGGUUUUCGAUUGGCGACCUGGAUCUACGGUAGGAAGAACGAUUGGCGUUGGUUUAGCACGAUUACUGAGAAGAACGCCUUUGAGGGCUCCGUUCUGAAAAUGAAAGCGCAACCAAAGGAGGUCGGAGGAAGCGCGUACUAUCGACACACAAGCUUGAACCGAUCGAAGAGUCAGCGACUGGACCAACAAGUAUUGCCGGAGUAUAUGUACGAAGUCGGAGAGGUUUUGAUGAAGAGCCAGUAUCACGGAUGCGGCCCUGAACCUGCUCGUUCGACUGACUGUCAUCUUGUCAUUGACGUCUGCUCCAACGAAAGAACAUUAUGGUUGGUAUAUCGAUACAAGGGUGUCGAGGCGGGUGGCCGGAUGGUAUCUCGAAAGAAGAAGUUCAACAGGGAUGAUGACAUGUUCCAAUUCGUCAAGGGCGAUCAGGGCUUUGACGUCUGUCAAGUUGCGGAGGGUUUGCGAGAUUGGCUCAUGGAGGAUGGAACAUUCAAGCACGUGCACAAUGCGCAAGCCUUAAUUAAAAGCACCCGCUGCCGAGCUGACCCGGAGUUCAGCGCUCCAUUGUUCGAAGAUUUCCUAGCGAAGCUGAAGCAACAGCACUGA